AUGGCGGCGGGGAGGCGGUGGGAGGAACGGGGCUCAGCUGUGCUGGAUUUGCCCCGCACGCCGCUGCUGGUGUGCGUGGAGUACCCGGCCAUGCUGCGGACGGUGGGAGGAGAGCAGGGGGUGUCGCGGAUCUACGCUGACCCUUCCAAAAGGCUGGAGCUGUAUUUCCGUCCCAAGGACCCUUACUGCCACCCCGUGUGUGCCAAUCGCUUCCCCACCUCCACCAUGCUGCUCAAGGUGAAGAGGAGGACCAAGAAGAAGAAACAGUUGGACACUGAAGAACAAAUCCAGCCAGAAGUCCAGUUUGAAAUGGAAAUUCUUGGGACUGUCACUACAGUUUACAAAUUUCAAGGAAUGUCUGAUUUCCAGUACCUGGCAAUGCACUCUGGUCCCGAUGGCAAACAAACCUCCAUGUAUGACAAAGUUCUAAUGCUCAAACCAGAGAAGGAAGAAUUUUUCAACAGAGAAUUACCUCUCUACAUUCCACCACCAAUUUUCUCACGACUGGACACUCCCGUUGACUAUUUUUAUCGGCCAGAUAUACAACACCG